GACGCGUUCACCGGGUCUGUCGUCGGCUUGCUAUUGGCUGUCUUUCUUUGCUCAUGCUAGUUUAACAUUUCAUCUUGCUGAGCUUUGCAUUUAUUAAGGUCACCACGUAGAAAUUCUUUCCAGUUGCGAAUCGCAUUGACUGCGACCUCCUCUCCCGAGCUCUUCAGUGCAAUCUUGCCGACAGAGACAUAAAUGGGACGAUACCUAUAUUACAUGGCUUAUCUUUGGUGCUGUCAGUCAGUGGAAGUCGAUGGGGAGAGCGAUGCAACUUGCCUCAACGUUAUAUCUCUUUCCAACCAAUCGGCGUUGAUCGUUUUCCCUUCAGACCUCACUAUUAUGACUGACGGUUCUCUAUCGGUCUGCUGGUGUAUCGCCCCUUGCAUACUUGUCCCGACUUCCACUCACACUUCUUGCACGUCCAAGUCCUUUUCCCUUAGUCCGCAACUGGCCAUUUAUAAUCACCUCACACCCAUGAAUACGGGAAGGCUGGCGAUGAAUGGAGGCGAUAUGAAUAGCCCUACACGCUACAUCUCUGGCACCUCUUUUUCAGGGCUUUGAAAUUUGCACGAUCGUGGAAGCCUCUCAGUCUACCGU